AUGGUCAAGUUAUACGGGUCUCCCACUUCCACAUGCACGCGCCUCGUCGCCCUCAUCUGCAAGGAAAAGAAUAUCCCAUAUGAGUUGAUCCAGGUCAACUUGGCCAAAGGCGAACAAAAGGCCGCGUCUUUCACGGCGAUCCAGCCGUUCGGACAGGUCCCAUACAUCGAUGACGACGGUUUUCUUCUAUACGAGUCUCGCGCGAUCGCAAGAUACCCCAUCAAGAAAUACCCCAACCAGGGCAGGGUGUUCAACUUCACCAGUUUCGUACAGCCAAUUGUCUUCGAAAAAGUGUUCAAGCCGCGCUUUGGUCUGCAAUCAAAUGAGGAACGUGUUAGCGAGCUGUUGAAGACACUCCAGGAGAAGUUGGAUGUGUACGAGGUUAUCCUCAGCAAACAAAAGUACCUUGCUGGUGAUUUUCUCACGCUCGCUGAUUUGACCCAUCUACCGUAUGGCACUGCGUUUUACACAAAUGGCUUUGCUGAGGUGUUUGACAGCAGGCCUAACCUUGCUAGGUGGUGGAAGGACAUCUCUAACAGGCCUGCUUGGCUCGCCGUCAAGGAUGGCGCGUAA